UUUAUUAGUUUAAAAAUGUUUUAUUUACUCAAUAUAUAAAAUUAAUUUUUAAUUUUUUUGAAAAUUAAUCUUUAAUAUAUUUCAAAUAUAUAUUUAUUUAAAAGAAUAUAUAUAUUAAACAAAAAAAAAAAAAAAAUAAUAAAUAAAUAAAGUUAUAAUUUUAUAAACUCAAUAAACCCGUUUACCUAAAAAAUGUGAUAAUCAAGAUAUAAAAAGAAAAUUUAUUGGGAAAAAAUAUUUUUUAACAAAAAAGAAAAAUACAAAAAACAAAAAAAAAAACAUUUAAAAUGAUGAUAAUAAUAAUUACUUGAUACAGUAAAAGACCAAGCUGGCGUAAAUAUCCACCUGAUAUCACCCUUUGAACUUUUUUCAUACGUCCAUCCUAAUAAUUAUAAUAAUAAUAAUAAUAAAUAAAAUAAAUAAAAUACAAGGCUAAGGUUUUCUUUAGCAAAAUUUUCGGUUUCAGAAUCGUCUUUUUGCUCUCAUUGAAUAAUAAAUAAAUAUAUAUAUAUAUAUAUUAAACUCAAAUUUUAGAUCCUGGCAUUGAUACAAGAAUUGGCCCGUGGGUCGAUGCACACACCUAGUAAAAAAAUAAAUUAAAAAAAAAAAUGAUAUUCAACUGAAAUGCAGUAAUGCGCUCGCGCACAUAUUCGACAAACCAAUACAAAGUAUUUACACUGGUGGGAUAGUAAAAAGAAAAAAAAAAUUAAAUUCUAAAAAUAAAUGUAAUGUAAAAAAUAUAUUCAAGUAUUGAGAAUUAAGUCGUUUGAAAAUCAUCAUCAUCAUCAGAUUUGUCAAAUGUGGAAAAUUAGAAAAAAGAAAAGAAAAAAAAAAAAAGAAAAUUAUUUUAUUUUAUUUAAUAAUAAAUAGAAUAAAAUUAAUUUUUUUUUUUUUUUCUAAAUUAUAAAUAUUAAAAAAAUAUGGAAAGUGAAAGAGGACGUUCAAGGGCAUCAUCAACAUCAAGUCUUGGCAGAGAGGUACGAUGUGGUUGUCAAUUUUUCCAAAGUGAUUUAUUAUUACCCGAAAGAAGUGCCAUGAUUAUGUCAAGACCAGGAUCACCAACAUCUAGAAAUAUAAAUCCAGUUAUUCGAAAUACUUGUGAUCAUGAGUACGAGCCGGUUGGUGGUGGACUCUUGAUGACAAGGACAUUGACAACUUCAGAUACAGCACCAGUUGUCAGGAUAAUCGAUACAGAUAUUGGUCCAGUUGCUGAUAGCGAUGAUGAUGGAAUUGAUAUACGUGGACGUUAUACACCUGGUCCAAUACUUGAGGGUGAUGAAUUGGUAUUACCGCUUGAUGGACAAAUUGAAGAUAGAGCUAUGGAUUCAAGAGAACUUGGAAGUGGUGAUACAUCUGAUGAAAUUGAAACAGCACAACAAUUACAAGAUCGUAUUGAAGAAAGAUUUCUUAAUAGUGUAACUCCUUGUACCGAAUCAAGAACUGAUGCCGAAAUCAAUACGAGUCAGGUGGAUUCGUCGGUGAUGGAGGAGUUGCCACUAAGACGUGGUGCCCGUGGUUUACCAAAUCGUUUACGUUUACAAGCUGAUAAAUUACGAACACGUUUAAAAUCAAUUCAACGACCGAAUUUUAAUUUUCCAAUUGAACGUAAUAAAACACGAAAAUCACGUUCAUCAGAACGUACUAAAAAAACAACAGAUAAAUUACGUAAUUCACAAAAAAAUAAAAAAAUUAAAAAAAAUGAUAAAUUAAAAACAACUGAUACAACAAAUAAUAAUAAUAUAAAUAAUGAAAAACAAAGUAGAAUACAAAAAUUACGUUCAUCAAUACAAGAACAUUCAAAAUUUUCAUUUCCUGAUAAAUCAAAAUUUCAUUUGCCAGAACGUCCAAAAAUUAAUUUACCAAAUUUUACAAAAUUUACAAAUAAAACAAAUUUUCAUAUGCCAACAUUAAAACGUCAUACAACAACAACAACAACAUCAUCAUCACAAGCUUUACCAAGUUCGAAUGAAACAACUGCUGGUUCAAGAAAAAGUAUAUUUGAUUUUUCAACAGUACCAAGAUUUUUUGAUAAAAAAACAAAACAACAACAACAACAGCAUGAUUAUACAACAUCAUCACCAAAAGAUUCAUGUGCUGAUCCAACUGAAUCAGCAACUUUUCCACGUACUAAAAAAACAAAAUCAUUUAGUGAAAGAUGGACACAAAAAUUUACUGAUUUAAAAUUUACAAAUAAUGAUGAAAUUAAAUUAGCAAAUGAACAUGAAAAACCAUGGAUACAUGGAUCACAAGAAAAACCAAGAUUAUCAUUACGUCCACAAGAAUCAUUAGAUGAUUCUGAACAAUUACCAUGGGAAGCAUCUGAUGGUCGUAGACCAAGUCAACAACAUGAAGAGAAUUCAUAUGACGAUGAUAUUGUUGAGGUUGACAAUCAAGAACGUAUGAUUAAACAAAAAUUUAAAAAAAUAUUAAGACAACAAUCAUCUGAAUCUUAUGAUAAUGAUAUACCACAAAUUGAUCCAAGAUUAUAUGGUGAUCAAGCAAUAAGACGUUUUGAUUCUGAAGAAACAGAUGAAAAUAAUAAAACAAAUGAUGCUGAUGAUGAAUUUAGAGUAUCAUUUGAACCAGUUGAUCCAAGAAGACUUAAAAAAUGUAUAUCAUCUGAGGAAGAUGAAGAAAUUGUUAAUGAAAAUUUACAUGAUAAUUUAUCAAGUGAAGUUGAAGAUGAAUCAAUGAGAUCAGAUAGAGAACAACAAGCAUCAAGUGGUUCAUCAUGUGAUCGAAGACGUCGUGGAGUUAUUGAAACAAUUGAUUCAGAUGAAUUUUUUUUACGUGCUAAAGGUAUAAGUGAAGAUGAAGAUAUGCAUAAUGGUGAAUAUUUAAAUACAGAAAUUAAAAAUGCAUUAAGAAAACCAGUAACAGCACAAGAAGUUAUUAUAUUAGAUGGUGUACCACCAGAAAGACCUGUACGUAUGAGAUCAUUUCGUAAACGUAAAGAAUCAUAUGAAUCAUCUGAAGGUAAUAAUUCAUUAAAUUGUACAAAACGUAUAUUAAGAAGAAGUGAAGAAUCAGAUUUUGGCUCAAAUAUUAUACAAAAUGAUGAUAGUUAUUCAGGAUCAAGACAUCGUGUUGUUUAUCAUACUGAAUCUGUACCAUUAAAUUUACCAAAUGAACCAUUAGAUGAUCUUAUUGUUAUAAAACCAAUUAGAAGAAAAUCAAAAUUAUCAUUGAGAAGUACAUCACAAGUACCAAUUGAAAUUAUACAAGAAAUACCAUCAUCAAAUUUACAACAACAACAAGAACAAGAACAACAACAACAACAACAACCACCUCCAAUUAUACCAAGAAGAAAAAAACAUCAAGAAAUUAAAAAUACACAACAACAACAACAACAACAAAACGUUAAUGAUAAUAAAGAAAAUAUUGAAAAAGAAAUAUUUGGUAAUUAUACAAAAACAGAAAUACCAAUAAAACCAGCAAGAUGUUCAAGUCGUGAAACAAUAAAUUUAAAAAAUAAUAAAAUAAAUGAUGAUAAUAAUGAAUGUGUAGCACCAAUAGCACCAAGUAGACGUUCAAGAUCAAGAGGUACAUCAAUUGCACAAGAUGAUGAUAGAACAUCACGUGGAGCUGAAUCAAUGUCUGAUAUUGCAUAUGCAGAUGAUGACGAUGAUGAUGUAAAUGAUGGUGAUGAUGAUGAAGCUGAUAAUAAGAUAAAAAUUGAUUAUCCAGGCUAUGCACUUAUUGAUAAAAAAGAAAAAAAACCACCAAGACCACCACCACCACAACGUCAUAGAGAUAAAUUUUCAACUGCACCUAGAUUAUCAAAACAUACACCAUCAAGACCAGAAAGAGGAUAUAGUACAUUAAAAACAAGAACACCAACUCCAAUUAAUAGAGCAUUAAAUACUCGUGAUGUGUCAAUGUCAUAUUUAGAUAGUGAUGAUAUGGAUGAUAAUGAACAAAAAAAUCUUUUAAGUGGUGAAGUAUUAUUUAAAAUGUCAAAACGACCAUUACCAGCACCACCACGUCCACCAAGAUCAAGAAGAUCAAUUAAUAAAAUAAAUCAUGAUGAUGAUGAUGAUGAUGAUAAUAAUACUGAAUCAAUUGAUGAUAAUACUGAUGAUAUAUUGCAUGAUGAAUAUGCACAUUUAUCAACUCAAACUGAUCCAUUACCAGAUGAUUUAAUGAUUGAAGAAAUUACACAAGCAAGAUUAAUCAUGACACCAUCUGAAGAUGGAAGUCAAAUAUUUAUUUCAACUGAAAGAAUACCAUCACCAUUAAGUAGUACAACAUCAAAAAUAAUUAAUAAAAAUUUAAAAAAAAGAAAAAAAACAAAUUCAAGAUUAUCAACAAAUUCAGAAUCUGAUAUACGUCAAUCACGUAUAAAUUAUGAAAAUUAUGAUACACCUAAUGUACCACCAUUACCAUUUUAUACAGAUGAUGAUAAUAAUACACCACAAAGACCACCAAGAACACGUAGUCAUAGUUUAUCUAUACCAAAAGAUUCAGCUAAUAAUAAUAAUAAUGAAACACGUGCAGCUAUUAUUGAAGCAUUAGAAGAAAGAUUAUCAGCAUUAUUAGCAAAUGAAACACUUAGAAUUGGUAGUUUAGAAGUUGGUGAUUUACGUUGUGAUAAAUUAAAUGUAUCACAACUUGAAGCACAUAAAAUUGUUGCAUCAGAAAUUGAUGCAAUUGUUAUAACAGCAACUGAAUUAACAAAUUCUGGUGAAACAAGUAAUAAUAAUAAUAAUAUAUUAAAUCCAACAGUUUUAAAUGAACUUAUUGCAAUUAAAAGUCAAUUAGAACAAUUUGUUUUACAAAAUCAUCAUGAAACUACAAAUCCAAUAUCUGAAAUAUCAACAAAUACAAUUGAAGAAGUUGAAGAAAAAAUAAUAAAUAAAGAUGAAACAAAAUCAGAUAAAUUACAAUUAGAUUUAUUAUCAAGAAGUACUGAAACACGUGCAAUAUAUUCAACUCAUGGUAUUCAAUCUCAUCAAUCUCAUCAUCAUCAUCUGCAACAACAACAACAACAACAACAACAACAACAACAACAACAACAACAACAACCAGUAAUAACAGAAGCACCACAAAAAAUUGAAGAAAAUCGUGAAAAAUCAAUAUCAAGAUCACGAUCAAAUUCACCAAGUAAAACAACUUUAAGAUUAAGACAAACAGCAUCACCAGUUAGAUCAUUACCACCAGUAAUAUCGGUGACACCAGAUUCACCAGAUAAUAUUUGUCAAAAAUUAGAAACAAGUGAAAUAAAAGCACAACGUGCUAAAAUAUCAUAUACAAAUGAUACAUCACCAAAUACAACAAGACCAUCAUCACCACAAUCACGUUCAUCAACACCACAAACACGUCCAUUAUCAACACCACCACCACUACCACCAACAACAGGAACAACAAUAUUUGAAUUACCAACUAAUAAUCAAUCAUCACAACAACAACAAUUUAUAACAUUUCAAAAUUCCCAAAUACCACCACAAUUUUAUACACUAGCAUCACCAAAUCAAUUAAAUAAUAGUAAAGAUAUACAAGAAGAACCAAGUAUUAUUUGUAUGACACAACAAUUAUUACGUGCAUUACAAUUACUUGGUAUGCGUGCAAUAAGACAUCUUGUACAUUAUGUUACAACAAGAUUAAGACUUGAUGAAACUGAAGCUAAAAUACGAGAAGUUGAACUUGCAUUUUGUGCACUUUUACUUAUUAUUGCUGGUUUAUUAAUUGUUUGUUUUGCUGGUCCACGCACAAUAACUCAUCAUCAUCAUUGGGAUUAUUUUAAUCCACCAAGAUUAUAA